UGCUUCGCCGCGUUUAAAUCAAAGUGAAAAACACCCAAUCUAUGAAUUUGGAGAGGAGUCACAGGAAGCGGUGAUGACUGGUUUCAAUCAGGUGUGAAAGGAACGCUCGAAGUGAUAGUUGAAAACACCAUGGAAAGCAUAAAAAAUAUGUUCGGGCAGUCUGGCAAUCCUCCUCACGAGCGGAUAGACGAAGCGGAUGCCAGUAGCCCGCCCAACGAGCGGGGGGUUAUUGCCGAAUCCUUGGAUGCUUCCUCCCUUUCGUGGUCCACACGGGUCCAAGGAUUUGCCGCCUGUUUUGUGAUCGGGCUUUUCAUCUCCAUCCUCGCCACGGUGAUGUUCUCCAUCACGUUGAAUCUGUUCACUUUCGGCGUUUUGUACACACUAGGGAACGUGGUGGCCAUUUGUUCCACUUUGUUCCUCAUGGGUCCGGUGAAUCAGGUUAAACGCAUGUUCAACAGUACCAGAUGGAUUGCAUCAUCAGUGAUGCUUUUGUGCCUGGUGUUAACCUUGGUGUCGGCCUUUGUGCUCAAGAAGAGAGCCAUGACUAUUAUGUUUUGUAUAUUCCAAUUCCUCGCCAUGACCUGGUAUGCCCUCUCUUACAUUCCCUAUGCUAGGGAUGCCAUCAAGCGGUUUGUGGAUUCGGUCAUUGGUUAAUGAGUGAAUGCGGUAUUUUUUAGCAAUCCCUUUCUUCAAAUUAGUGUUCUCCGUCCAACCCGUGAUCUUCAACAAGGGAUCCAUUCAUCUCUUUGUAAUCAAGAAAAACACCAAAUCAAGUGAACACUCCAACAAUCUGAUGGGUCGUGUCUUUGUCAGCGCUUUCAGCAUUUUCUAUUUAGCGUGUCUACAUGUAUACCUCAAUCUUUCACAGCCU